GCCAGCCACUGCAAGUGCGUGGGUGGGUCCGGGAAGCAGAUGCGCGGCGACAGCCUGCAGGAGGUCGCUCAGGCUUGUGCAUUGUCCAUGCUCCGUGCUGCUCAGUCGCUCAAAGCCAGCUUCCAGACGACAGAACUUUGCAAAACGGCCGCUGAAAUCUUCUUUUGAGCAGCCGCCAAAGUCUUCUUUUGAGCAAAUUUUUAGAACGACUGCCAAAGCCCUGGAAACUUGGCCUGUCCCCGCCGCCGAGUUGGGGUCCACCAGGAGGCUGCAGUUGAGCAUGCUCUGAGGGGACAUCAGGGCAUCCGGGAUGGCCCCUAUGAAGAGGAAGUGCAUUUGUGACCUGUGCUGCUGCGGGUAAGGCAGCACACCUCCUCAGAAGAGCGUGGAGGAGGAAAGCAGCUCACUUCAUGGCAGCCAGUAAACAGAGAAUAACAAGAAGGCUCAGGGAAGAAGCACCUUGCAGGACAUGCCCCAGGGACCCACCUACUCCAGCUACACCCCAUCUGCCUACAGUUACCACCCGGCGGCAUCACUGUCCACACCUCCCUACCAAGAUUUAUGAUCAGACACAGAAACCAUGUCUUCUCUCCGAAUAUACCGAGAACUACCCUGUCUACCACUCUUACCUGCCCAGAGAGUCCUUCAAGCCCCGGAAGGAGUACCAGAAGGGGUCCAUACCGAUGGAAGGCCUGAGCACAUCAAGGAGAGAUUAUGGGCCUCACAAAAUGGCACCAGUGAAAAUCUACAAGCCUGAACCAUUCAUCCCAAGUGGAGAGAAUAUGGAUUUACUCACAACUUAUAAACAAGAUUAUAACCCCUACCCUCUCUGUCGAGUGGACCCCAUCAAACCUCGGGACAGCAAAUAUCCAUGUGGUGACAAGAUGGAAUGUCUGCCUACUUAUAAAGCUGAUUAUUUACCUUGGAACCAACCAAGACGGGAGCUACUUCGUCCAGAACACAAACACUGGCUGGAAUCCACCAAAUUUGACAGCAGAACCACACACCAGGAUGACUACUCCAUGAAGGGCCUCGUGACCACCAGGAGCUGUAAACCCCCAGCCAUGCCCAACCUUUGUAAUAUCCCCCUGGAGGACCUGACCAACUACAAGAUGAGCUAUGUGGCACACCCUGUGGAGAAGCGCUUUGUGCACGAGGCAGAGAAGUUUAGACCCUGUGAAAUCCCCUUCGAGAGCAUCACCACACACAAAGAGUCCUACCGAGGCCUACUAGGGGAGCCUGCCAAGAGCUCGAAGCCUCCAGCCAGGCUACCUGGGACAGACACACCAUUCUUGAACACCACCGAGUUUCGAGAUAAGUACCAAGCUUGGCCAAUGCCCCAGUUAUUCUCCAAAGCUCCAGUUGCUUAUGUCCCUCCUGAAGAGAAGAUGGAUCUUCUGACAACAGUACAAGCCCAUUACACAUACCCUAAGGGUGCCCCUGCUCAGUCCUGCCGACCGGUGCUCCCCAUCAAGAAGAGCUUCCGUUUCGAAGGCUCUACUACCACCAAGGACGACUAUAAGCAGUGGGACAGCAAACGCACAGAGAUGGCCAAGCCCAUCCCCCACCUGGGCUUUCCCACAGAGCCCUUGGACUGUCUGACCACCUUUCGGGCCCACUAUGUGCCCCAUCCACCUAUCAGUACCAAAAGCUGUAAGCCCCCUUGGUCUGGCCCUCGAGCAAAUAUUCCUUUGGAGGGCCAGACCACCUAUUCCAUCAGCUUCACUCCCAAGGAAAUGUGCAAGUGCCCAGCUGCAUACCCUGAGCCCCCUGGUUACAUCUUUGAGGAGGUGGAUGCUCUGGGGCACAGGUUGUAUAGGCCGGUUUCUAGGCCAGUCUCUCAGAGGAGCAGCUUGCUUUCUGGAGGUGAUGCAGAAAACCCUAACCAGAUGGAUUUGGCAGUGUCAGCCUGAUUCUGAAAAAUUUUUAUUUAGAAAUUGCACAAAUACUUUUAAAAGCAAACUAUUGAGAAUUAUUCCUUGGACAAAAACCAAAUUCCCCAAAAUAGGGGUGGGGAAAGAAAGAAAAACAGAACAAAAACCAACUUCAUUACCAAUUCCAGGACACUUGAAUAAAUUGAGAAUCACUGACUCAAGGAAAAUGACAUUUAAUCACUAACUAUCCUCUCUUAAUGCUUCCUCUACCAUCUCCCCCGCCACCCGCUCAGGUCCCUUACCUUGUACUCAUGGAAUCAAAGGUGGUCUCAGGUUUUUCUCUGACUCCAGAUGUAGUUUAUUAUUUUAAUCAUUGUAUGAAUUGACAUAAUGAUCAAUCCUUGUCAAGUCUGAAGUGUCAAAGAAUAAAUUUUAUUUUGGGGGGACUGUA